CAGUAAACGUGAUAAGGGCGCUAAGAGGAAAUGUACCUCCCGCGCGGAGCUUUAAAAGCCACCACCGCCUCCAGGUCGGUCCAGUCUGCAGCACCAUGUCGAGACAAGCAGUGCUUUUGGGAUUGCUGGCGCUGGUCGCGGCCGCGCGGUGCCAGGCCGACGUGGAGGUGCCGGCGGAGGAGUCGCUUGAGGCGCGCCCCCUCGGCGGCCUCCUGCAGGCCCUCGUCAACAACCCCGUGUGCCAGGGCCGCGCCACGUCCUGCUCCGCGGACUGCACCUCGCUGGUCAAGUGCGCCUACGUGACGGACGUGUGGCAGUACGUGGUGACGUCCAAGUGCCCGGCGGCCACGCCGUACUGCACCCUGGAGGGCAACGCGGCCUCCUGCACCGCCACGCCCCCCUCCAGCGGCGCCACCUGCAACCCGGCCCCGCCGGACCCCAUCCCCGCCAACGCGUACAACUGCUCGGCGGACGGCUACUGGCCGGACCUGACGUCGUGCACCAGGUACUACCUGUGCGUGGGCAACAACGCGUACCGCUUCGACUGCAGCGCCUUCCCCGGCACAGUGUACGACCAGCGCACCACGCACUGCGUGCCCAAGAGCAGGGGCACCUGCUACACCCUGCACUGCACCGACCCCAAGCCCAACAAGCCCGUGCAGUACCAGGUGUACACCCCGGCGCCCUGGAUCUACGCCGUGUGCACCAGCAAGGACGCCUCCAAGGCCCUGGUCGGCACCUGCGGCGACCAGCGCCUCACCAUGGACCAGAGCGGCGUGUGCGUGGAGCGCUGCGACCAGGAGGGCCGCUUCUCGCAGCUCGGCGCCGCGGCCGGUGGCAACGGCUUCGUGGACUGCGUGGCUCUGAGCAGCUCCAAGCUGAGCGCGCCCACGCCGGGGGUCUGCCCCACCGGCACCACCUUCAGCGAGGCCCAGGGCCAGUGCGUCGUCUGACGAACUUUCAGGCCGGACACCCCGAUUGCCAGGAAAGUUGGAGUGAUGGUAGACUCCAAGGUGUCAAAAUUGCUCUUAUCCCAUUUGUCCACACUAAUUUCGAAAAACAAACCCAGAGAAAUGAACUGAGAACUUCACCGAAGGAUUGUGUCUCAUCAAUAAAAAUUACUGAGCAGAAAUAAAAAGGUUUUUUUUUUCGGA